UUAUGAGAACCAUGUCCAAUGGUUUAUACUUGGUUGGAUGACAUAUGUAUUGACUGGUGGUUGAAGAUGGAUAGUGUAACACUAUCAUAUUGUAUUAAGCACAGCCCAAGACUUUCACUGAAAGGAUUCGACGAUGAGUAUCGUCUGAAGAUGUCAAUGGGGGAGAUUUACCUACAUACUUCGCUAUUUACAACCCCUUUAUCCCGAACUUAAGCCGAGAUAGCCAUGGCCUAUCUGAAUCAGUACUACCAACAAUCAAUAAGACAUGAGAUCCUUCAAAACAACAACCUCACAUCAACGAUAAUUCUUUUAAUUGAUAUUCGCAUUUUCUUGAUUAAAGAUGGAUCUCCAAACUACCAUGAGCUCCUUUACUGCUCAGGACAAAGAUCAAGAAGUUAGACCAUCUUCAAGUGGAAGUUGGGCUUGCAAGGCGGUGGAUGAAUUCGAUGCUUUAUCAAUAGAAUACAAGCCCAAGCCAAUUGAAAAGUAUCCAGCAAAACUCCAUGCGCGGAAUGUCAAAAAGUAUCUUGAUGUCGGCGAGGGUCUCAUCUAUCUUCCUGGUCUACCAAGUUUCAACUAUGAAGACUCUGAUAUGCCACCUGCUUUCAGACAACGACGUUACUUCUAUUAUAUCACUGGAGUGAAUCUUCCUGAUUGUAUUGUCACUUACAACAUCCAUCGCGAUCAACUAUGGCUUUGGAUUCCACCACCAAAUUCCGGCUCAUCCGUCAUUUAUAAUGGAGCUCGUCCAACAGCCAAAGAGAUCAUGGCCAAAUAUGAUUUCGACCAUGUCGAAACAUUAACUCAUCUUGAUUCAUAUCUCACUUGGUAUGCACACACCGAACCUGGAAAAAUUCAUGUUUUACAUGAUUAUCAAGCGCCAAAAAAUAUCGAACUUCAGAUUACUCGCAAAAAUGGAUGUCAUUCUAUUAUCAGCGAAUCUCCAUUCGAUAGCUCCAGGUUAGAGGAGGCUAUGAAUACAGCUAGAGCCAUAAAGACUCCGUAUGAGCUUAGAAUGAUCCGGAAGGCAAGUGCAAUCACAGCACAAGGUCAUAUCAAUGUUCUCCGUGGUCUUCGUCAUUUGUCCAAUGAGGCAGAGAUUGAAGCCAUUUUUACAGCGACAUGUAUUGCCAGACAGGCGAAAACUCAAGCAUACGGAGUGAUUGCUGGCUCUGGAGAAAACGCAAGUACUCUUCAUUAUAUGGCCAACAAUGAACCUCUAAAAGACAGACAACUUCUGUGCUUUGAUGCGGGAUGUGAAUGGGAUUGCUACGCAUCCGAUGUGACUCGAACAUUUCCAAUCUCUGGAGAGUAUACUGAGGAAGCACAAGCUAUUUAUGAUAUUGUGGCUAAGAUGCAAGACGAGUGUAUUGAAUUGCUGAAGCCAGGUGCUAAUUAUCGAGAUAUUCAUAUACAUGCUCACAAAGUUGCGCUCAAAGGUCUCAUGGAUCUGGGACUUGUAGAAGGUGGAACCUUUGAUGAACUUUUCAUGGCGGGUGUUUCGGUAGCAUUUUUUCCUCAUGGUUUGGGUCAUUAUGUUGGUCUGGAAGUUCAUGAUGUUGGACCAGGUGGAAGUCGCAUCACAAACCGUUUGUAUGGCUUCACCAAAAAACCCGCCGAUUGGACUGAUGCCUACUUCCAAAUCCUUUCCAACACUGGAGUCACUUCAGAUGGUGGAUCAAUCCUCGAAAAGGAUAUGGUUGUCACAGUCGAACCUGGAAUUUAUUUUUCCCGAUAUGCUCUUGAAGAAGUUUAUCUCAAAUCUCCCAAAUAUGCAAAAUACAUCAACAAAGAUCUCCUACAGAAAUACUAUCCAAUCGGAGGUGUACGUAUUGAAGACGAUCUUUUGAUAACAGAAGAUGGAUAUGAGAAUUUGACUACCGUUCCAAAAGGUGAAGAAGCAUUAAACAUCAUCAAUGAAGGAAAGAAACAGGAAGAAGGAGAGAGACAAGCGAACAAGAAAGCUACAGAGUCUAGAAGACAAAAGAAAACUUGGUUUUGGUAGAUAUUGAGUGGUUGAAGAAUGGUAGAGGUGUAGAGGUGUAGAGGUGUAGAGGUGUAGAGGUGUAUA